AUGGCGUAGCGUUUACGCACUGAGUGAAAUACUGGUGUCUGUCUUGUACGGUCUGCUUGUAUUUGCUAUUUCUUUAAUUAACUGGAAAGUCGCUCGAAGACGUGAAAUUCUGAAUGAACGACACGAUUAAAAUUCAUGCAGUACACCUCGCAGUUUUGUAAUAUAAGAAAAUUCUGUUUUCCCGCGCGUAUUUUGAUGCCCACUGUAUUGUUCCACGGACUUAUUUAGCACCGUUUAUGUCAUAUUUUGUAUUUAUAGCGAUAACACAUAUUUCAGAAAUAGCUUUUAGCACAGAAGUUUUAUUAUUUAAAGAAUCGAUGUUUUCUAUCUUUUGACUUCAUCAUUUUAAUCAACAUAUUAUUGUGUGAAUCUCAAUUCAUUGUACAUAGUCUCUCAUCAUUAUGGAGAUGGGUAUGCCUCGUGAUUGGCAAAUCAACAAGCAAAAGAUUUCGGAACGUGGCCAGUAUCUAUUGGAGACAGGAAAAUGGUCUGACUGCAAGUUUGUUGUUGGACAAGAACCUCAUCAACAAAUAUUAAAGGGACACAAAUUAUUUUUGGCCAUGUCCAGUCCUGUUUUCGAAGCAAUGUUUUUUGGAGGCAUGGCAGAGAAAAAUGAUCCAAUACCAAUUCAAGAUGUGCAACCAGAAGCUUUUAAAGCUUUAUUGCAGUAUAUAUAUACAGAUAUAGUUACUUUGAGUUCUUUUGAAUUAGCUUGUGAAUUGUGUUAUUGUGCAAAGAAGUAUAUGCUUCCAUCACUAGUGGAACUAUGCACAAAAUAUUUAUGGUCCGAUUUAUCUCCAAAAAAAGCCUGCAGAGCUUAUGAAUUUGCUAAAUUAUUCGAGGAACCAAUAUUUAUGGAGAAAUGUCUUCAAGUUAUUCGCACAAAGACAAACGAAGUUUUGAAAGAAACUAAUUGGGAAGAUGUUGAGUUAGCAACUUUAUUAACAGUGUUAGAUCAGGAUUAUUUGCUAAUAAAUUCUGAAAUUGACUUGUUUAAUGCUGUAGAAUGCUGGGCAAAAGCUGAAUGUGCAAGGAAAUCCCUUGAUCCUAGUGAUGGAAAAUUACUGAGAUCUGUAAUUGGCGAUGCUUUAUUGAAAAUCAGAUUUUUAAGAUUAAGUCCUCAAGAAUUUGCAGAAGGUCCAGGUAUAUCACCAUUGCUCACUCAAACUGAAGCUUUUGCAAUUCUUAUGAAUAUAGUAUGUGUCGGAAAUAAAACACCUAUGCCUGAAGGAUUUUCAACUGAUGCACGUAAUAGAGCUGAAUCAUUAAAAGCUUCAGUUGGAGCAAUAGAUUGUUCGAAAUUUAAAGCACCAUGUACAUGUACACCAUACUCCAGCUGUUCACAUACACAACAUUGUUGGCCUUCGCCAUCUUCACAUUCAUUUGAACGUUUUUACAAUGCUGCAACAGUAAUGGAGGGAGGCAUGCGUGGAGGAUCAAAAUAUUAUGGUCUUAGAAAAGUAUUUCAUGAAACAGAUUGUCUUAAUUCCAAUGUGUUAGACUGUUCUGUUACUUUUACUGCAGAUAAAGAUAUUUGUGUACUGGGUGUGCAAGUACCUACUCAACUUAAGGAUAUGAGUCCUGAUAUGUCGUACACUGAACUUUUGUAUGCUCAUCUCUUGGAUUCUGAUGGUACAAGAUUAACUUUCACGCAUUUCACGACAAAAGUGAAUAUUAACACUCUUGUGGAAAUUACAUUUAAUCGACCUAUUUACGUCCUAAAACAUAAGGUAUAUCGAGUUGGAGUUGUUUUUAAUUCAGUUGGUUGUUAUCCAAUGGGAUUAUGCUCUGAAAGUGCAGAGUGUAAUUCUGUGGUUUUCUCAUUUGGUAUUGGUAACAGUAAGGAGAGUGUGCGAGAUGGUUUAAUUCGAUCUAUAGUUUUUACACAUAAGUAA